AUGGCCACUGCGCAGUCCGCGCACGUCUGCCGGCCGCAGGAAGCAAGCCCCGGAAGUUUUUGUCUUGUGUGGUGUUACGAGCGGUGCAACAAAGCCGACCAGGGCCAGACUUUGAUCGAACUACAGGAAGUUGCUGCGAGCUUCGGCUCGAAUCUGGUGCUUUACAAGAAGUCAACAGGGUUUCUCAACUGGCUUGAGAGGGCAACUGAGCCUGUUUUUCUCCUUGCAGAUUGGCGUGAGGCAAAGCCCAUUUUUGAUGGGGUGAACCUGCUGACAACUGCACGAUCACAGCAAUUCCAUCUUGAGAUGUGCAUCCUGGCUCAGUCGAAUAAGACGUACCGUCGAGCUUCAGAGUGGGCCGCUCUGAUCCGCGAAGGUGGUGGCAGGAGCAUCAAAGUGCUGGAUGGCUAUUCGCGCGAGGGCGUCGAACAAUUUAUCAUGCAGAGUAUUGAGGACGUUCAUGCUUCAUGUGACGGGCGUGCAGACCUCAAUCCAGCUUCCUGCCCUACUUUUCACACUCGUGAUGUUGAUGCCAGUUCGGUGCGCUCAUUUCAAGAAGCCGGGACAACCAGCCUACAACUUUCCGAAGGGUCGGCAUCUGCUUCAGCCUCUGCGAUAUCCCUGGCGAGCUUGAUCCAAGCAGUGCAAGAUCCAGACGAGGCUGCAAGACUAGAGGAGAUGAUUCAGCGCACAAUGUGGCAGCAACCCUAUGAAGACUAA